AUGACGACCGGUGGCUGCCUCUGCGGAAACCUGAAGUACUCCUUCGACGGGGAGCCCGUCGGUGUUGCUACCUGCCACUGCAUCCCGUGCCGCCGCACGUCCAACUCGACGCACUCGCACAACCUCCUCGUACCCGCGCCGGCCUUCAAGUCGCUCGGCGGGACGCCCAAGAGCUGGUCGCGGGCGGGCGACUCGGGCAAGCCGGUGACGUCCAACUUCUGCCCGGAAUGCGGCGUGCUGUGCUGGGUGACGGGCGAGGCGAUGCCGGGCGUGCUGAUCGUCAAGGCCGGCACCCUCGACGACCUGUCGCUGGUUGAGACCAAGUACAAGCCCAAGGUCGAGAUCUACUGCCGGAACAAGUUCUCGUGGCUGCCCGACGUCGAGGGCGCGCACAAGUUCGAGGGCUCGAUGAGUGGUUGA